ACGGAUCUUGCUGAAUUAAAUCCAAACCAAACUCCCGCACUUGAAUUCAAUUCACUCCAUCAACACACGUACCCACCGCCAGCAACAACAGCUCACCGUCACACCUCAAACCAACCCGAAGGCGUGUCCUCCCCCGUUGCAAAUGGCGGCGGCCGCGGCAAAGCCCGUGCCAGUGGAGAGGCUCGGGCAGCGCCUGGUGGCGCCGGCGGCUCCUACGCCGGAGAGCCAUCUGCGCCUGUCGUGGCUCGACCGCUACCCCACCCAGAUGGCUCUCAUCGAGUCGCUGCACGUGUUCAAGCCCGACAUGGCCAGGCAGGGCGAUAGCCCCGCGAGGGCCGUGGAGCAGGCCCUGGCGAGGGCGCUGGUGGAGUACUACCCGCUGGCGGGCCGCCUCACGGUGACCGACACCGGCGAGCUGCAGGUGGACUGCAGUGACGGUGGCGUGUGGUUUAUUGAGGCUGCCGUCAGGUGUCGGCUAGAGGACGUGGACUAUCUCGAGUACCCGCUCGUCGUCGACAAGGACGAGCUGCUCCCCCAUCCGCGCCCCAAGCCCAGCCGUGAGGAGGAGAGCAAGCUCAUCUUGCUAGUCCAGGUCACGACGUUCGAUUGCGGCGGCUUCGUGGUGGGGUUCCGGUUCAGCCACGCGGUGGCCGACGGGCCUGGGGCGGCGCAGUUCAUGGGCGCGGUGGGGGAGCUGGCGCGCGGGGCGGGCCGCAUCUCGGUGGCACCGGUGUGGGGGCGCGACGCGAUCCCUGAUCCGGCCGGCGCCCUCGUCGGCAGCCUCCCGGAUCCCGCGGGCGCCAAGCGGCUCGAGUACCUGGCCAUAGACAUCUCCGCCGACUACAUCAACCACUUCAAGGGCCAGUUCGCGGCGGCCACCGGCGGCGCCCGGUGCUCAGCGUUCGAGGUACUCAUCGCCAAGGCCUGGCAGAGCCGCACGCGCGCCGCUUGCUUCGACGAGGGCUCCCCCGUGCACCUCUGCUUCGCGAUGAACGCGCGGCCGCUCCUCCAAGCCCGCCUCCCGUCCGGGGGCGCCGGCUUCUACGGCAACUGCUACUACAUCAUGCGCGUCUCCUCGACCGCCGGGAAGGUGGCGUCCUCCACCAUCACCGACGUCGUCAAGAUGAUCAAGGAGGGGAAGAAGCGGCUGCCGUCGGAGUUCGCGCGGUGGGGCGCCGGCGAGAUGGGCAGCGUGGACCCGUACCAGAUCACCUCCGACUACCGGACGCUGCUCGUGUCCGACUGGACGCGGCUGGGCUUCGCGGAGGUGGACUACGGUUGGGGCCCUCCCGCCCACGUCGUGCCGCUGACAAACCUGGACUACAUCGCCACGUGCAUCCUCGUCAAGCCCUGGGUGCACAAGCCAGGCGCCCGCCUCAUCACGCAGUGCGUCACGCCCGACCGUGUCGCCGCUUUCCACGACGCCUUGGUGGACACCAACUAGCUCGACACUGUCUCCGCAGUCCGCACACACACUCCUCCAUUUGUUCACGGGUUCCCUCCUAUUCUUCCACUCUCUAGUUACAGAUUUGGUGACCGAAAGUAAUGGUAAACCGAGCAAGAAUAAUACUCCAGCAAACAGAUGGUGAAGAAACGUAUAAAGUGGAAGAAGAAUACGCGUAGAUAUGGUGGGCAUCUAGACACAGCUAGUACUGUAGAUGGUAGUGGGCAAUGCCUUUGGGUGGUCUCGGGUGUGUUGCUUGAAGUGUAUACCACACCCUUUUCUUCUUUUCUCUUUCUCUUUCUGGGGGGUUUGGAUUGAAGGAUCGAAGCUGGACUUGGUAGGAAGCUACCAACUAGUCUCCCCUCGACUUGUGUACUCUACUGUUCUCUUUUUUUUUUAAUAUGUAAACCCGUAAGGUGUACAUACUAUUCUCUAGUGGUUUUUGUCCAUGUAUAAUCGAAAAACAGCUCAUCUUCGUGU